AUGUCCUCCUGCAACACCAGCACCUCUGGUCACUCUACUUUCCUGCUCACUGGCUUCCCAGGCCUGGAAGCCUCUCAUCAUUGGGUUUCCAUCCCCAUCAACCUCAUCUGUGUGGUUUCCAUCCUGGGUAACAGUAUCAUUCUCUUCCUGAUCCGCACAGACCCAGCCUUACAUGAGCCCAUGUACAUCUUCCUGUCCAUUCUGGCAGCCUCUGAUCUAGGUCUCUGUGCCUCCACUUUCCCCACCAUGGUGCAGCUCUUCUGGCUGGGAGCUCGUGAGCUGCCCUUUGAUCUCUGCGCAGCACAGAUGUUCUUCAUCCAUGCCUUCACCUACGUGGAAUCUGGCGUACUGCUAGCCAUGGCCUUUGACCGCUUUAUUGCCAUCCGGGACCCUCUGCACUAUGCCACCAUCCUUACCCCCUCAGCCAUGGCCAAAGUGGGAACUGCCAUUCUGGUGAGGGCUGUCCUGCUCAACCUCCCAGCACCCAUCCUCUUGCGGCGUCUGCUCUUUCCCCAGAUCAGUGUACUCUCUCACUGCUACUGCCUGCACUGUGACCUUGUGGGGCUGGCCUGCUCAGACACCCGGAUCAACAGCUUGGUUGGCUUGGUCUCCAUCCUCCUCUCACUGUGCCUUGACUCCUCCCUCAUCAUGCUCUCGUACACCCUGAUCCUGCGGACUGUGCUGCGCAUUGCUUCACCCGGGGAACAGCUCAAGGCACUCAACACAUGUGUCUCACACCUCUGCAUUGUUCUCAUCUUUUAUUUGCCCAAGCUGGGGCUGUCUGUGCUGCACCGAGUAGAGAAGCACAGCUACCCUGCUCUGGCAGUGCUCAUGGCCAACCUGCACUUCCUGGUCCCUCCCUUCAUGAACCCCAUUGUGUACUGUAUCAAGUCUAAGCAGAUCCGUCAGGGCCUACUAAAGCGCUUCCAGCCAAAGAGGGUUGAUGUUUCCUAG